ACCUGCCGUAACCAUGACAACCCAGGGGAAGAAGCACUGGGGCCGUAACAUGUCCUCCUUGUUUCCCUGCUGUUACAAAGAAAGGGACGAGCCACAAAUCGUCGUCACCGGGAUGGAGCUGCUCUCGCAGCCAGUGCCCCCCCAGCAGGAGCUGGACUCCAAGUUCACCGAGCUGGUGGAUGAACUGGAGCUGUCAGAGGAGCACAGAGCAGCCAUGUUUGCUCUGCCAGCUGAGAAGAAGUGGCAGAUUUACUGCAGUAAGAAAAUGGAUGGACCAGAUGAGAAAGAAGUGACCAGCCAACCUCAGUCUUACAUCGAUAAGAUCAACUUGAUGGCUGCUAGGAACAAUCUGGAGUCUCUGAAAGAAGAAAACCAGAAGGUCAUAGAUGGUUUGAAAACAGCUCUACGGACUCAACCAAUCAGCUUUGUGACCCGGUUCAUUGAGCUGGACGGUCUCUCCUGCCUCCUGAACUUCCUGAAGAAGAUGGAGUAUGAGACGUGCGAGUCCACGGUCCAUACGUCUCUGAUCGGCUGCCUCAAGGCCCUGAUGAACAGCUCUCAGGGCAGGGCUCAUGUACUGGGACACCCUGAGAGCAUCAACAUCAUCGCACAAAGUCUGGCUGCUGAAAACAUCAAAACCAAGGUGGCGGUGUUAGAGAUCCUCGGCGCCGUCUGUUUGGUACCAGGAGGUCAUAAGAAGGUCCUGGAGGCCAUGCUGCACUACCAGAAGUUCGCCUCAGAGAGAACCCGUUUCCAGAACCUGCUGACAAGUUUGGACCGAUCCACCGGCCGAUACAGAGAUGAAGUCAGUUUGAAAACAGCCACCAUGUCCUUCAUCAACGCUCUGCUCAGCCAGGGAGAAGGAGAGAAAAAUCUGGAUUUCCGAAUCCAUUUACGUUACGAGUUUCUGAUGUUAGGCAUUCAGCCGAUCAUUGAUAAACUUCGCCUGCACGAAGACGCCACCCUGGACAGGCAUCUGGACUUCUUUGAGCAGUUCCGUGGCAACGAUGAAUAUGAGAUGUCCCAACGCUUUGACGCUGUCCAUGUUGACACUAAAAGUGCGAGCCAGAUGUUUGAUCUGCUCAGGAAGAAGCUGAACUACAGUGAAGCUUAUCCUCACCUGCUGUCUGUGCUGCAGCACUGCCUCCUGAUCCCCUAUAAGCAGAGCAGGAGCACGCUUCAGUACUGGAUGUUGUUGGACCGGAUUGUUCAGCAGGUGGUUCUGCAGACAGCCAAAGGUGACAACCCAGAUGUUGCUCCGCUGGAUGACUUCAACGUUAAAAACAUAAUGAACUUGCUGGUCAAUGAAAAUGAGGCGAAACAAUGGAAGGAAGAAGCUGCUAAACUGAGAAAAGAGCAACAAAUUCUGCAGCAGCGCCUGGAAAAGAAAGACAGGGAGUGCGACGCCAAGAACAAAGAGAAGGACGAGAUGAUGGAGACGCUGAACAAGAUGAAGGACAAACUGGAACGAGAGAGCAACGAGCACAAGCAGGCCAAGCGGCAGGUGGAGGAUCUGUCCUUGCGUCUGCAGCAGCUCAGCUCCACCGCAGGUGUUCCAGGGGGACCACCCGUGACCUCUGCUGGUCAAGUUCCUACAACUCCUACCUCAUCCACCUCCAAGUUUCCACCUCCUCCUCCUCCUCCACCUCCUCCUCCAGGAGGUCCUCCGGUCUUUGGCAUGGCUCCGUUAGCUCCCCCUCCACCUCCAGGAGCUCCUUUAGGAAUGGCAGAAAAGAAGAAGAACAUUCCUCAACCAUCUCACCCGCUGAAGUCCUUCAACUGGAACAAGCUGAUGGAGGCCAAGACAGAAGGAACCAUCUGGGAAGAAAUCGAUGAUCUGGAGGUCUUCAAAGUUCUGGAUCUGGAGGAGUUUGAGAAGACUUUUUCAGCAUACCAGCGUCCAACGAAGGAAACUGGGGAGGACAUGACUGUUAAGAAAGCGAAGGAGCUGUCAGUGAUUGAUGGCCGCCGAGCUCAUAACUGUAGCAUCUUGUUGUCACGACUGAAGAUGACCAAUGAGGAGAUCUGUAACGCCAUCCUGACCAUGGAUGAACACGAGGAGCUGCCCAAAGACAUGCUGGAGCAGCUCUUAAAGUUUGUUCCUGAGAAGAGUGACAUUGAGCUUUUAGAGGAGCACAAACACGAGCUGGAACGCAUGGCUAUAGUUGACCGCUUCCUGUACGACAUGAGCAGAAUCAACCACUACCAACAGAGACUGCAGACUCUCUACUUCAAGAAGAAGUUUAAUGACCGAGUGGGUGAGGUCAAACCUAGAAUCAGAGCUCUCAGUCUCGCGUCCAAGGAGGUGGUCCAGAGUCAAGCGCUCCAUCAGCUCCUCCAGGUGGUUCUGGCCUUUGGAAACUACAUGAACAAAGGUCAACGAGGAAACGCUUACGGGUUCAGAGUGUCCAGCCUCAACAAGAUAGCCGACACCAAGUCUAGCAACGACAGGAACGUCACUCUGCUGCACUACUUGAUCUCUGUGCUGGAGAAGAAGUUCCCUAAAGCUGCUGCCUUCAGCGAGGAGCUGCAGAACGUCCCAGAAGCUUCUAAAGUCAAUAUGACCGAGCUCGAGAAGGAGAUUGGCGUUCUCAGGUCCGGACUGAAGAGCAUCGAGGCGGAGCUGCAGUACCAGCAGGCCCAGUCCUCUCAGCGUCCCAUCGACAAGUUUGUCCCCGUCGUGAGUCAGUUCAUCACUGUGGCGUCCUUCAGCUUCUCUGAGGUGGAGGACUCGCUGCAAGAAGCCAAAGACCUGUUUUCAAAGGCGCUGAGACAUUUCGGAGAAGAAACGUCCAACCCGCAACCGGACGACUUCUUCGGCAUCUUCAGCACUUUCCUCACGAUGUCCUCAGAGGUCCGGCAGGACAACGAGGACAUGGUCCGGCGGCGGGAGGAGGAGGAGAAACGUACGCUCAUGGAGGCUCAGAUGAGGAAGGAACGAGAGCAGAGGGUGAGGAAGGCCAUGGUGGAUGACGAAGAGGAGGGUGGAGAGUUUGACGACCUGGUGUCCGCCCUGCGCUCAGGCGAAGUGUUUGAGAGUAUGUCCGGACUGAGCAACAGGAAGCAGCGCAGACAAAAAGAGGUCAACAGCAGCCGAGAAAGACAGCCGAGGAAACUGAACCAGUACUAGGACAGAUCAAAAAACUGAACCAGUACUAUGACAGAUCAAAAAACUGAACCAGUACUAGGACAGAUCAAAAAACUGAACCAGUACUGGGAUGGUCUUUGAAGCGGAACCAAUUCACAACAGCUCAAUGGGACUGAAACAGCCGGGAAACCAAACCUCAUCAUAUAAGCUAAGUCACAGUAUGUCCAGUAGAAACACUAAAUUUACAAAAACUGGAAGUUUUUGGGACCUGAGAGCAGAUUUAUACAAAGUAUUUGAACUUAAAUGUGGAACUUUUAUUGUGUAACAGCUCAGAAACU